CGGACGGUCGGUCCGCGUAGUAUCGAUACACACGCGCGUCACGCUCGUCUCGUCGCGUCGUCAGUCCUCUCGUUCGUGCGUUUCUUCUCGCGAAACGUCGCCGCGUUGUCGCUGCUCGUCGUCGUCGUCGUCGCCAGUGCUGAGAUAAAUCUCGAGGAACGCGCGCGAAGGUGGCGAUGGAACGCGCGUCGCAACCGAGAAGGAACGUCACGGAGCCGCGCACGCGUGCACGCGCGAACGCCAACAAGUCGCGCGAAAACUCUUGACACUUCCGCAAAAUGGGAGUCUCCUCGCGGUGCUCGUGAUCCAUCAGAGACGCGCCGUGACGAUCCAUCUCCCAUAAUUCCCUUCCCCCUUUCCCGUAAAAAGUCUAUCUCCCCAGUAAUCCCAUCGAUUCCUCCCGUGAGAGAGAGAAAGAGAGAGAGAGAGAGAGAGAGCAUCGUUUCUUGCAUUCCUCUCUCCGUGUACAUUCGUUAUCCCUCUUCACGCGUGUUCCUCGUUAUCGCUAUCUUUCGCGACGCAUCGCGUCCCGCCAGCUCUAAAGUUUCGAACGCGCGCGUUCGGCCCGGUCCGCCGUGAUUCGUCGCGCGCACGGCAGCGCGCGGCACAUUCGAAGCUCCAUGAUGAUGGACGAGUCCGGAGUCGACAUGGGUUUCGACCUGACGACCGCGCUCGGCAUCGCCGACACGGCCGCCCACCAUGCCAUCGUCGGAGAUUACGACGACGAAUUCGAGCAGGCCCUGUCCCUCUUGUCGACGUCCACCAAGGAAUUGAUGUACUACGAGCUGAAAAGCCGCGCGCCCGAUACCGGCAGUCCACCGACUUUCAAAACAGCUACGCCGACAUCACGCACGCAAUUAAAGCUGCAACUGAUGCGGGAGCAGCUGCAGGAGCAGGAGAGACGACAAGCGGAAUUCCGGCAGAGCUUGCAGCAGCAGAGGCCAGCUGCCGCACCGCCUAGACCGGUGCCACCUACCUCGUUGCCCACUAUCGGCGUCGAUGUGCCACCGCAAGUAUUACAAGUGCGCACGCUGCUGGAGAAUCCGACGCGUUAUCACGUGGUGCAGAAGCAGAAGAACCAGGUGCGCCAGUACCUGCACGAGUCGUUUCGCGGAGGCGAGGGCGGCGGCGGCAAUGCGGUCCUCGGCGGCAGCGCCGAUAGCGAGGGUGGCUGCAGGACGCCGGUCGACGCCGGGCCACCGCCCGUCCCGAUGGUGGUGCAAAGUGCACCGCCCGGCCCGCAGCUGCAUCACCCGAAGCCGCAGCAUCCUCAUCUCGCCUCGUACCCGCAUGCCCCCGCGCUGCUGCCGCAUCACCCCGGUAAACCCACGGUGGUCUCGGUGAGCCCGGACCCCGCCACCACCGGCACCAUGUCCCCGGGUUUGUCCAGCGUAGCUACCAGCAACUCUGAGGCUGAGGACCUCCUGGACGACAUACUGUCGUUCGAGGCUGGCUCCUUGGGUGAUGGAUUGAAGGACGGCCAAGCCGGAAGUCUCACGAAUAUACCGGAGCUUCAAAUUAAGCCAGAACCUCUCUUGCUUACGGAAGCGGAAAUCCACGCCCUUGCCAAAGAUCGGCAGAAGAAGGACAAUCACAAUAUGAUCGAGCGACGGCGGCGCUUCAACAUCAACGACAGGAUCAAGGAGCUCGGCACCCUCCUGCCCAAGACCAAUGACCCAUAUUACGAGAUUGUCAGGGAUGUCAGGCCGAACAAGGGUACGAUCCUCAAGUCUUCGGUGGAGUACAUAAAGUUGUUGAAGAACGAGCUCACGAGGAUGAAACAGAGCGAGCUCAGGCACAAGCAACUCGAACACCAGAAUCGACGGUUGCAACUGCGCGUGCAGGAGCUCGAAUUGCAAGCGAAGGCACACGGACUUCCGGUUUCCGACUUCACCUGGGCGUCUACCUCUGCCAUGCUCAACAGCUUCCCGAGGAGUAAGCUCGAGCAACGAAAGAUACCGGAUCUGGCGGUGACGGAGGAGGCGAGCCUGAGCAUGUCGCAGCUCGAGGAUCUCAUGGAGGACGACACUGGCGGUCCCGUUCACGGCGGCGACCCGAUGCUGUCGUCCCCGCAUCUGCCACCGUUGAGCCCACCUGCGGCCGCCUGUCACCACGGUUUAACCGACGAGGACACCCUCGGCAGUCUGGCGGUGACCACGUCGAAUUCCUCGUCCGACAUGGACAUUGUCGCGUAGCGUCCAAAACCACCGUCGUCCGUCGGCUUCGCGCGCGAUCGAAGUCGACUCCCGAAACUUCCAUCGUCGCGGAAUUUCCUGAUCGGCUUUUGACCGAGAUUAUUGAUUUAGGCUUGAGAGUGAAAGAGAGAAAGAGAGAGAGAGAGAGAGAGAGAGAGAGAGAAUGAAAGAAAAAAUCGGAACGCUAUUUUGGCGCGAAACGAAAGCGGAGAGCUGCUGCGACAUCGUAUAUCUUCAUCGUGGAAGAACAGGAAGGAAAUUCGUGCGACAUCAAUUGGAUUUUAUUGGAGCGACCGCGCGCGCUGAUGCGGAUUUAUUUAAAACUAGUCAUCGACUCGAGAGAAACUUACUUUGGAGGAUUGGCAAAAGAAACAAAGAGGUAUACGCAUACGCGGAUUAGAUGUUGCUUGCCACAGAGAAGAUUAAAGGAGAUUGUUUCGAAUAUUUCACAAUCGAGCAAAUGAUCAUGUUUGUACUGGAAAAACAGUCGUCGUUGAAGAAGAAAUACCGACAUUCUCUGAAACGAAAUUCCGAUUACUUGAUUAAAUAUAAAUCAAGAUAAUUAUAUAUUGACGAACUCCUUCUAGAAAAUUGAAAGACACAAUUAAAUACAUUCAUCGGACUUCACAGAUACUGCCAAUUAUCUUAGCAAUAAUUUUCACAAUGAUGAAGAAUAUAUCCAGCGAUUACUGUUGCAACAUCCUUACUUCUUAUCUAAUAUGUCAUUAAUGAGCGCUGUCGAAGACCCUUUCAACCUGGGAAAUCAUCAAGAAGAUCAUGAAAAAAAUUACCUUGACAAGGACGUGUCAAAUUCGCAUUACGCGUCCUUGAAGAUCCAGUACGCGGAUCAGAUGGAAGUUUUUCGGGUCGAUGACGAGAACCUCAAGAGGCAAUCGGGCGUUUUCAAGCUGUCCGGGAUCUUUCCAAGUGGCGGUGAAAGUCGUUAUCGCCGGGCGACGGAGGAGGAGUUCAGGGUCGUUCCAAUUGCGAAGAACGGAGGGCUCGUUGUCACGAUUCUACGAACGGCUGGCCGUUACACCGAUAGAAUGCGUGACGUUUUACGUGCGUUGUAUGUUAUGUCAGUGCACCCGAAGGACGCGCUUUUGUCGCGAUUGAGACGAGCCUAAACGUUCGCUAUCAUUAAUCGAGGACGAUAUGUCGUCACGAUGCGCAUCAGUGAUGCGUCUUGUAUUGCUGGACGAUUUCAGGAUCUUUGACGAAGAACGAGAACGUCAAAAGUGCUAAUUAUAUAUAGUUUGUUAUGAUAUUACUUAAUCACCGAGAAAUUAUUUUCGUAGAUUGCGAGAUGUGCCGAGAAAAGAUGGUCUCCAAGAGAGAUGAGGAAGGGGAAAUAUUUUUAAUAAAAGAUUUUCUCCCGGGAUAUAUAUCUUUUCUAUAAGAGAUAUAUAAUCGCAAAAAUAAAAGAGAAUAUUGGGAUAAAAACAAAAUGUUGCAAUAACAAAAAAUUAACUGAAGAGAGAGAAGAAUCGGAUCAAUUUCAGUAUAUUAAAAGAGAUUUGCAAUUUCAAUCUUCAAUUUGUUAAAUAUAAUAACUUAAUAUACGAAUCGAGUGCCUUUAUAUAAAAAGAAUCGAAAAAACAUAUUUUCGAAAAUACACCCUUCGAUUUUAGUAUUAGAGUUCGUAUAUGUAGUACCACACAAUCAGGAAUUUCUUAUCUUAGAAAUACACAAUGUAAAAGUUUUAAACAGUUUUAUUAACAGUUUCUAAAAUCAUCUGCAUAGCAAAAAAUUUUUAAUCUUUGUAAAAAUUAGUGAUUAUCUUUAAAAUUAUGGCCUUUCGAGGAUUAUGAAAUUCUCUGUGUUUUAUAAAAUUAUAUUAUUUUGCUACUAUUUUUAUCUCAAUCGACAUUUUUUCCAAAGAUACGAUGAUAGAAAAUACAAAUAUCAGAGAAUUAUAUCAAAUACAAAGUACUAGUAUACCAAAACAAUUUUUGAUAAAAUUCGAUCGCGUCAGUAAGAUAAAGGGCUUCAUACGUACACGUAAGAGACCCGUAUUCAACUGGUUAUUUGCGAAAAGGCUCACGCAAUCUGCCAUUAAUUGUCUAUCGUACGCGACAAAGGCGCCCGACAUUGACGUCGAUAUCGGGGCGAUAUCGCGCCCGAUACCCCGAGAACAGGCUCGUAGCGGAUGAGCGAGUACUAUACUCAAGUUCGUUAUAAAGUUUGCUAAUAGUUAUUGUCCUCUCGGCAGCGUGCACGUCGUGGCCUGCCUCGUGUGUCGCUCGCAGCGAGCAUACGGUGGCUCUUGUGCUCGACGGUCCUUGAUUUCAUCGCUUACCUUGCGUUCGCCGGGUAUAACCCACAUUGCCCGAGUCGCCACGUCGCCUCGAGCAAGGAUCGAUGAUUAUUUGACCGGAGAAUCACCGUCGAUAAAUCAUUGCUGCUCGAUAGCAAGGGCAGUAAUUAAAGUAUCGCCUACUUUUCAGGAGAGAACGAGAAGAAAUUUCAAUAUUCAUUAUAAAACGGAAUAUUGGGAGAAGGAUAAGAGAUAUUAUUUUAAAUACAUAAGUCGAAAUAUUAUUAAAUAUCAGGCAAGCUUUUACAAUGACGAUUAAUUGGAUUUUUACAAUAAAAUGAAAAUAAGAUUCUUUUACCAGUUAGUCGAUCAGCGCAAUUUUGAUAAUUUUGAAAUUAAAUAUAAUUUCUUUUUAAUCAAAAAGACACAAAAGAGAAACAAAGACUAUGAGGAUAUUCUUUAGGACUGUUCUUUCGCUUUCUUCUACGAGUGUAUUUUCUAUGUAAUUUCCUGAUUAAAUGUUUCUAUAGCUUUGAGCAAUGUUAGGGAAAUAAUAACGGUCUAGAAUAUGUAAACACUAUCACUUCCUAUCCAAAUACACACGGUUAAAUCACAAGCGAUCACGGAUAAUGGACACUUCUUAUUAUUUGAAGAGAUUAGUGGGAAAAAAAAUUUUUUUAAAGUUAUUUUUCAAAAAUCUGGUAAAUAUUAAUUUUCUUUCUACUCUGUACAAAUAUCUCAAAUGAGUAAUAUAUUUAAUACAUUUUAAUUAUGGUAUAAUUGAUAUGAUAUGAUGAUAUAUGAUAUUGUAAAUAUCAAUAUUAUAUUUGAUAUCUCAAUCACGCAGUAUGUAGCUGACGCAUUUUUCUUACGAUAGGGAUAAGGUUAUUUCCUAUCUUAUUUAUCUACUUUGAUUACAUAGAAAGUGAUAGAGUUAGACAUUCCAGACGUGGACUAUAGGCAGAAGACCAACAUACUGCCCUCGAGUGUGUUCUUAUCGCAUCAUUAGUUCUUAAAUAAAUAGAGAACUCUCUUUUGUGAAGAAAUACAUUCUCCGUAGUUCAUAGUCUAGAAAAACGCUCGUAAAGAGAAGCGUUCGAAACUUUUUGAUAAACGAAACGGCGUCUCAUGGAUUCAAUGGUGCCAGUUUAAAUCAAGAUAAAUAAAAGAUUGAUCUUCCCCCCUUGAGAUGAAAAAUAUUUUGUUAUAUGUAUACAUAUCGCGAGAAUAUACUAUAUUAUAACUUUCCUCGUUUUUCUCUGAAUUAGUUUAUAUAUAAGUCAAUUCCUCGAUAAAAAUGACAUUUAUAAAAUAUAUUCGACACAUCGAAACCGGGACAAUCAAUGUCGUUCCGUGACUCUGUUUCUAAAAGAUAAAAGACUAAACUUUUCACAUCAUAUACAACAGAAAAACAAUAAUAUAUACACAACAAUAAUAUAUACACAACAGACGCUCAUGUACAAAUUAUCCUUAUGAUUUUGAGUCGCGGAACGACUUAGUUUGUUCUGGCUCCAAGAUGGUCGAUGUGUAAGGUACCUAUAGAAGAGAAUGUUUUUGUAUCCAAUACGCGGUACCCACACUAGCGCAGGUCGCAAGUUUUUAGUGUACGAUCUGUAACUCAUCUCGAGGACACUUCUUCGUCAGCACAUACUCCAGGUAUAUAUACCUUCUUACGAGAUCUAUGUAAACGAACUACAGAACAGGUCGGAAACGCGCGCGCGUUGUCGUGCGCGAUAUUCUCGUUUCUCGCAAGCGUGACUGAACAAACGAGCAAAACGUUGCAAAAGCAACGGCAACAACAGCAGUUGUUGCUCGCGGAGACUGCGAUGCCCUGAGGCUGAUACGUCCAUUAACAAAUCAUUCCGUUCGCGAUAUAUGAAUUUAUUGCGCAACGCAAUGUUGUCGCGCGCAAAUACAAACGACCGUUGUAGCGAGUAAUUUUAUGUUAACGUUGCCAACGUACGCUCUUGUUGAUUAAUUGAUGUUUAAUUUUAGCUGCGAGAAAAGCUCGGCAAACAUCAAAGAUGCAACGUACGCGCGCGCAUGAGAAAGCGAGAGAGAGAGAGAGAGGGAGAGGAAAGGUUUUGUAAGAAAUAUAUUUAAAAAAAACCUUUGAAAAAAAAUUCUUUCUCUCUUGCGUUUUCAAGCUGUAAAAGUUAAUUAGGGAAUUUCAUAUAGAGCGCCUCGGUUAUUUUUAACGCUUUAUCAUUUACGAAUUCUUUUGUAAUUUUCCAGUCAAUUUUUCUUCGAACGAAAAUUUGAUCAAACGCUAUUCUUGUCGCAUAUUCUUUCAAUAUCUUACAUUAAGAAAUUAAAUAAAGAAUAAGGUUCCAGUUUUUAUUUGCAGUUUCAAAAGAUAAUCUUUACACAAGGACGCUUUUCUUUUUCAUUAUUUACAAUUGGAUAAAUUAUUAAUGGCUUGAUUUUUGUUCAGGAAAAGUAGACUCCAAAUUGAUCAAAGAAUAGUCUGUCCGCAAAUGUAGAGAGACCCCGUUUCUCCGAGACAUCCUAUAUUUAUGCCUCAAAAUUAGGUGCAAAGUCGACGAGCAAAAGAAAUUUCGUGCUUUGAGUGAUUAUCAAAGUUCGUCGAAUGUUCUUUCGCGAAAUCGGACCAACUCGCAAUUCCGUGCACGAGCCGCGCGAUACUGAAUAUGUAACGAUUCGACGACACGGUGCAUUCGGGUGCCUCGGGUCGAAAUAAUGGGGAGAGAUGAGAGGGAGGGACUCUCUCCCCCGCUGUCGGUGCUGUGUAACCACCGGGGGAAAAUAAAUAAUCCGAGUACACGGUGUGCGCCUAAGGUAAAUACCGAUUCCGGUGGCUCGCGAAAAACUUUCUUGUGGGGGACGACGUUUCUGUUAAAAAAGGGGGCUUGUUAGGACUUUUGGCGAGAACGUGACUGUGCUCGCGAGUUUGACCCGAGAUUUGGUGCGAAAUUUCACGCAUGCAAAAUAUUCGCUUCGUGCAAACGUGAGGAUGGUUGUCGUCAAAUUCGUUUAUUUUUUCAAUUAGCUAGAAAUUAGAAAGAUAAAAAAUGUGUGUGUGCACAAUUCACUUUUCGUUUUGAUUAAGUAUUCGGCGUUUAAGUUCGAUAAUUGAUCGAUGGCAAAUAAUAUCGCAAAAAUUUAAUUAACAUUGUUUCUUCAUUGAUAUCGAAGCGGCGCGAUGACGUCGAAAGUUGCAAAUUUUUCCGACUCAAAACGCCAAGGGCAAUUGCCAUCGUGAAUGCAUAACGAAAGUUAAGUAUGCAAUAAUGAUUAGCAGACAUAACUGGUUUGCCAGCGAACCUCGAAAUAGGUCAUACCCCGAGGGUACGCCAUUUAUAGAGUGCUGCCUACCUUUAAACCCAGAACGAAACUAAUUUCUGUCAGAACGAAAUUUCACGACGAUGUGCAAUAGCGCGUUGCGGAAGACGUAUUGGAAAUUUAUCGGAACACAGCUAUAACACUUGUUUCCGACUGUAACAUUCCCUUGACGCAUAUUGAUGUCGCAAGAAUAAUUUUCAAAUC